AUGGAGCACUUUCAGCGCAUCCACGACGACCAGUCUAUUCCUGCUGGACUACAUGUACGCAUGAAUCUGGCGACUGGUCUCAAAGAAGCUCGUCUCAACAUUCCUGAACCGCCGGGAACACCACACGCAGACCUUGUGAUCAUAGACGAUCUGCCGCCGCGCCCAAGUAUUGAGGAAGAUGGACCCGUAGCGGAAGCACCAGAGCUGCAAGACCAGUCACAUCCAGACACAGAGUUUGAACGUGGAUCGUAUUAUCCAGCCUCCUUCGAUGCAGAAGAGUCCUCACUCUUCUUUUCUUCGAUCGCCGCAAUCCACUCCACUACAGCGCUAUCAACCACAGAUCUCCCCACCCUUUCUGCCCUCCAAGAUCUCGCCCAUUCCAUCCAUUGGGGUGUUGCAUUGGCACGGGAUACCGGCGCUUGUCAAAAGUUCUUCUCUGCGAUUGAUCCCGGAUCCACUGCGUCAGCUGAAGUCCGUUCGGCAGCUGCUUUGCUCUUGGGCACUGCCAUACACAGUAACCCUGACGCACUGGACGCAUUUCUGAGCCACCCAUAUUCGUCCGAUGUCGGCAUGACCCCUGUAGUUAAAGUGCUAGCCGCACUGAGGGACCCAGUGCAAAAUGAUGUAACGCUCAAAACGCGGACCGUAUCCUUGCUCUCGCAGCUUUGCCAAAACACCGAGCAACUUCGCAUUUUUGUCCAGUCCGAGGGUCUGACUACAUUGUUUGACCUAUUCGAACCGGAGAAAAUGACUUUGGAUGAGGGGAAAGACAGGAUCCGCGCCAAAGCUGCAAACUUGAUACAUGACCGUAUACUCUCCAGCCUUGGUAGCGCAAAUGGUUUUGUGUCCCAGUCUGGCUCUGAAAUCAGCGGAUUGAAAGACCAUCACGCACUUGUAAAGGGCCUGGAGCCCUGGUGCAAUGCUUUUACAAAAGCUUUGAGAAAGUACAAAUUUGUGGCCAUGAGUGGAGAAAAUGUAUCGCCAGCGGCGGAUGCAGCAUACGAGAGUAUAAAGGAAGCAAAUCAGAAACUGAGAGAAGGAAACGUACAGAGUAGGAUUUGUGAAAAUGAAUCUGAACUGUGA